CUGCGAUGGGGGUUAAAGCCAGGCUCCCCAGCUACGAGCUGGGGUUCUACGCGCUCGUCCUCACCUGCGCCGUGGUCUACAGCGGCAGCGGCAUCUUCGAAGCCUCCAGAGACAGCAUGAACAGGAAGGCCUUUCGGGAUGGCAUUAAACCAGGCUGGCAUUACUUUGGCAGGAAGAUGGACAUGGCUGAUUUCGAGUGGGUGAUGUGGUUCACCUCGUUCAGGAACUUCAUCAUCUUCGCCCUUUCGGGACACGUCCUGUUCGCCAAGGUUUGCUCCAUGAUCAUGCCACAGCACCGGGCCGUGGUGUACAUGCUGUACGGGCUGCUCUCCGUGCUGGGCAGCAUGGGGCUCGCCUACCUCAUGAUCAUCCUCUCCCACUGCGUCGUCCUCUACUCCGUCUCGCUGGUGAAGCACAAAUGGCUCUGCUACGUGGCCGGGCUCUGCUCCCUCGCGUCCUUCAAGCUGGAGCCCUUCAGCUCCUGGCAGAGCGGAUUUGUAACGGGAGCUUUUGAUCUUCAAGAUGUCCUCUUCUAUGGGGGAAGCGGCUUCACCAUCAUGCGCUGCAUGAGCUUCGCGCUCGAGAGCUGUGACAGGAAGGAGGGCAUCUUCUCCAUCUUCGACCUCCUCAAAUACAACUUCUACCUUCCCUUCUUUUUCUUUGGGCCCAUCAUGACGUUUGACCAGUUCUAUGCUCAGGUGAGCACCCGAGAGCUGCGGCGCAAAGAUGACGAGAUGAGGAGCAUCCGGGUCCAUGCUGUCCUCAACGUGGGGGCCAUCAUUGCUGUGGACAUCUUCUUCCACUUCUUUUACAUCCUCACCCUCCCUUCCGACCUGAAGUUUGUUAACCGCCUCUCGGACUGGUCCUUAGCUGGCCUGGCCUACUCUAAUUUGGUGUACGACUGGGUAAAAGCUGCUGUCAUGUUUGGUGUCAUCAACACCAUCGCCCGGCUGGACCACUUGGACCCACCACAGCCCCCGAAAUGCAUCACGAUGCUCUACGUCUUUGCAGAAACGCACUUCGACAGAGGGAUUAAUGACUGGCUAUGCAAGUAUGUGUACGAUCACAUUGGGGAGAACCAUGACAAUGUUGUGAAGGAGCUCAAGGCCACCAUCUCCACCUUUGCCAUCACCACCCUGUGGCUGGGGCCCUGUGAGAUCGUUUACAUCUGGUCCUUCUUCAACUGCUUUGGCCUCAACUUUGAGCUAUGGGUGCAGAAGUUCUUCCAGCGGGAACCCUUUGCCAAAAUGGAGGCCAAAAUGUCAGCAGCCAUGUCCCGGCGGAUUAGGGCAGUCUUCGGGGCAGCAAACUUCUGGGCCAUCGUCCUCUACAACAUCCUGGCUCUCAACAGCCUGGAAUUUGCGCUGCUGGUUACCAAGAGACUCCUUCUGACAGGUUUCCCUGUCAGCACCUUGUCCAUCUGGUUCAUCACAUACUGUGGAGUGCAGCUGAUCAAAGAGCAUGAGCGUUUCCUGGCCAUUGAGGAGGAGAAGUGUGACAAAGCAAAGCAGGAGUAGAGGAGAACAUCAGCAGGCCUGCCUCAAAACCUCAGCUCCUCUCUGACCACCUCUGUCAGGCCAGCAACUGACAGGGGCUCUCCAAGCACACCUGGCAAUCAAACUGCUGUAGCUCACCCACGUGUAAGUCACCUGGAAAGCACACCCUCUUGCUGCAGUAAAGAUUUUCUGUAGGACAUCCAUGGGCAUUAUGCAGGCUAUCCAUGCAUGGUAGACUGCUGAGGUAGGCUCCUGAUCCAUUUCUUUA